GUCGGCGCCGGGGACGUGAAUUCGUGGUUCCCGCCGAAAUGCCGAGCGGAGAAGGUUGCUUAGCUGGGUCUCCAGUCUCUCUUAAUUUCGGCUUCAGAGCUGAUAACCUCCUGAGACAUCCUUAGCCACACGUUUUGCCCAAGAGACAUUUGGAAAACAGUACAAACAAACCAUAGGACUGGACUUCUUUUUGAAAAGGAUAAUAUUGCCAGGAAAUUUGAAUGUUACUCUUCAAGUGUGGGAUGUAGGGGGGCAAACGAUAGGAGGAAAAAUGCUGGAUAAAUAUAUUUAUGGAGCUCAGGGUAUUCUCUUGGUUUAUGAUAUUACCAACGGCCAGAGCUUUGAAAAUUUAGAAGACUGGUAUAAUGUGGUAAAAAAAGUGAAUGAAGAAUCAGAAACACAGCCACUUGUGGCCUUGGUUGGAAAUAAAAUUGACUUGGAGCACAUGCGCACAGUAAAACUUGACAAGCACCAACGAUUUUGUCAGGAAAACAAUUUCAGUAGCCAUUUCGUGUCAGCCAAGACAGGAGAUUCUGUCUUCCUGUGUUUUCAGAGAAUUGCUGCUGACAUACUUGGCAUCAAACUAAACAAAGCAGAAUUGGAACAAUCACAGAGGGUGGUGAAGGCAGAUAUUGUCAACUACAGCCAGGAGCCCGUGACAAGAACCGUUAAUCCUCCUAGAAGCUCCAUGUGCGCAGUUCAAUGACCAUGCUACUCCUCUCUGUUUUGAUACCUUUGGCGGUCCUCCUACCUUGACACAGGCUCUGGGACAGGAACAGGAACUUUGUUUUAACAGCGACCAUCGCAACAAUGCAAUUAGAGGUUUCAAAAAUGUGUUGCACCCCAUUGUACGUUGAGAAGCCGCAGGCAGUUUUUUGACGGGCUGAAAUUCAAACAUAAGACCACACACACCUUGAAAAAUUAAGAACUAUAUUCUUUUAAAUUAUAUUUAAGUAAAGCAGUAUACCUGUGCUUAUAUGUUUCCUCCUAUCUAUUUGACUGAUACGAGAAAAACAACCAGAUGAAGAAGCCCUGUAUUCAAAAUACUUUUAACAGACAUCACCAUAGAAGGGUAUUUUGCCAAAGCAUUUUUAAAAUUUUUUUCUCUUUUUUUUUUUCCUCCUGUGAUCUGAACUAGCACUCAGCAAAAUGUAACUUGGAAAAGCUAUCGCUGGAAUAAUUUUAAGCACAUAAUACAUUUUCUCUAUGGGUAAUUUGGAAAGUAUUCCAUUAAUAUAUAUACAUAGUGCAAAAUGUAUCAGUCGUA